CGCAGAGGGUCAGAUGCUGCGGAGUGAGGAGUCAGCGGAGGACCCUGAACGCAUCACCGCCACGAUCACAGACAUGUCUGUUUCCACUCAGCUGGGUCUGUUGCUGUGGAAGAACUUCACCUACAGACGAAGACAGACGCUGCAACUCCUAUUGGAGAUCGUCUGGCCCCUCUUCAUCUUCUUCAUCCUCAUCGCCGUUCGGCUGAACUACCCUCCAUACGAGCAACAUGAGUGUCAUUUUCCCAACAAGGCGAUGCCGUCGGCCGGCACGCUGCCUUGGCUUCAGGGAAUCCUCUGCAACGCCAACAACCCGUGCUUCAGGAGCCCGACGCCGGGCGAGACACCGGGCGUAGUUGGCAACUUCAAUGACUCCAUAAUUUCUCGUCUAUUUUCGGAUGCCAAGAAGAUUCUUCUGUACAGUCAGAACGAUAAAAACCUUGAUGGGUUCAAGGAGCUCGCCGCGGCUCUGCAUGCACUGCAGAGGAGCCGAUCAGGAUUCAAGUUAAAGCACUUCCUACGAGACAACGAGACUCUGUCUCUGUUCCUGCUGAAAAACGCCUCGAUGUCCGAAGACCACAUCCAACAGAUCCGAGACGCCGACGUGGACCUGGAGCAGGUCCUACUGAAAGGUUUUGGGGUUCACCUGUCAGACAUGUGUCCCAUGAGGGGGGGCGAGCGCCGUGUGGGGGACUUUGUGACCAUCGCGGACCAGCAGGUGUCGAUGAUGGUACAGAAAGUCCUUUGUGAGGCACCGCACACCUGGCUGAACCAGGCUGAGGAGCACUUCCUGAACAACCUGGACUUCCUGAAACCCAUACAGAGGGACGUGAGAGCCGACCCUGAGGCUGUCAAACUGGUGGCCAGGGCAACCAACCACCUCCUGGAGGGUCUGGGUUCACUGACGGUCGAGCUGGCCGGCAUGAAGAGCUGGAUCGACCUCAGGAACGAGAUUGUGUUCCUGACCCACAACGCCACCUCGUCCCCCAGCGCAAUGUACCAGGCCGUCUCCAGGAUCGUGUGUGGUCACCCGGAGGGAGGCGGCCUGCAGAUCAAGUCUCUCAACUGGUACGAGGACAGCAACUACAAGGCUCUGUUCGGGAGCCAGAACAGCAGCGAAGACGAAUCCACGUCCCUCUACGACAACUCGUCCACUCCCUACUGCAACAGUCUGGUGAAGAACAUGGACUCCAACCCGAUGUCCCGGAUGAUCUGGCAGGCUCUGAAGCCUCUGCUGAUGGGGAAGAUCCUGUACACACCCCACACUCCCGCCACCCAGAGGGUUAUCCACGAGGUGAACCGGACCUUUCAGGAGCUCGGUGUGUUCAGGGACCUGGGUGGAAUGUGGGAGGAGAUGAGACCCAAAAUCUGGAGCUUCAUGGAGAAUGGCGAGCAGAUGGAUGUGAUCAGGACCCUGCUGAAGAACAACGCCACCGCCAGAUUAUUUCAUGCUCAGCUGACCCACACCGACUGGACUGUGGACGAUGUCUCCUACUUCCUGUCCAAGCGGGUUGCCCAAGCCCCCGGUGGCGCCCUCACCUGGAGGGAGGUGUUCAACGACACCGACCAGGCCAUCAUGAGCAUCUCACGCUUCAUGGAGUGUGUGAACCUGGACAAGUUGGAGCCGGUCUCCAGCGAGGAGCGAAUGGUCAACCAGUCUAUGGUGUUGCUGGAGGACAGGAAGUUCUGGGCAGGGAUCGUGUUCCCAGACGUCGACCCCAACGCCACCGAGCUGCCGGCCAAACUCAACUACAAGAUCCGCAUGGACAUUGACAACGUUGAGAGGACCAAUAAGAUCAAAGACGCGUACUGGGACCCAGGUCCUCGUGCCGACCCUUUUGAGGACAUGCGGUACAUCUGGGGAGGGUUCUCGUACCUGCAGGAUGUUAUUGAGCAAGGUAUCAUAAGAGCAAUGACGGGCACCAAGGAGAAGACGGGCGUCUAUAUCCAGCAGAUGCCUUAUCCCUGCUACGUGGAUGACAUCUUCCUGCGGGUAAUGAGCCGCUCCAUGCCUCUCUUCAUGACCCUUGCGUGGAUGUACUCGGUGGCGAUCAUCCUGAAAAGUGUUGUGUACGAGAAGGAGGCUCGUCUGAAAGAGACCAUGAGGAUCAUGGGAUUGAACAAUGGCAUAUUGUGGUUGAGCUGGUUCAUCAGCAGUCUAAUUCCUCUGCUGGUUAGCGCCGGCCUGCUGGUGCUGCUGUUGAAGAAGGGGAACCUGCUGCCCUACAGCGACCCCGGCGUGGUCUUCCUCUUCCUGGGAUCUUUCGCCGUGGUAACCAUCAUGCAGUGCUUCCUCCUCAGCACGGCCUUCGCCCGCGCCAACCUGGCCGCUGCCUGCGGAGGAAUCAUCUACUUCACCCUCUACCUGCCCUAUGUGCUCUGCGUGGCCUGGCAGGACUACAUCGGCUUCGGGGCCAAGGUCUUUGCUAGCCUCCUGUCGCCCGUGGCGUUCGGGUUCGGCUGUGAGUACUUCGCCCUGUUCGAGGAGCAGGGAGUCGGCAUCCAGUGGAAGAACCUUGUUUCCAGUCCAAUGGAGGAGGACGACUUCAGCCUCCGCACCGCCAUCGCCAUCAUGUACUUUGACUCCUUUCUGUACGGAGUCCUUACCUGGUAUAUCGAGGGCGUGUUUCCAGGUCAGUACGGGAUCCCUCGACCCUGGUACUUCCCCUUCUCUAAGGCCUACUGGUUUGGGGAGAAAGACGGGAAGUCCAAAAAAGUUCCACUGAGCCAGAAAGAAAACCCAGAAGCUGUGUGUAUAGAAGAGGAGCCGUCUCAUCUGGAGCCUGGAGUCUACAUUGAAAAUCUGGUGAAGGUGUACCGCCACGGGAAGAAGCUGGCUGUGGACGGACUGACGCUCGGCUUCUAUGAGGGACAAAUCACCUCCUUCCUGGGACACAACGGAGCAGGGAAGACCACCACUAUGUCCAUCUUGACUGGCCUGUUCCCUCCAACCUCUGGUACCGCCUACAUCCUGGGCAGAGACAUCCGGACCGAGCUGAGUGCCAUCAGACAAAAUCUGGGAGUGUGUCCUCAACAUAACGUCCUCUUCAGCAUGCUGACGGUGGAGGAGCACAUCUGGUUCUACGGCCGGCUUAAAGGCCUGUCGGAGCAGCAGGUAAAAGGUGAGAUCGAGCAGAUUCUUCAGGACACCGGGCUGCCGCACAAACGCACCUCCAGGGCCAAUGCGCUGUCCGGAGGCAUGCAGAGGAAACUAUCUGUGGCGCUGGCCUUUGUUGGGGGGUCAAAGGUUGUGAUCCUGGACGAGCCCACCGCCGGUGUUGACCCUUUCGCCCGUAGAGGGAUCUGGGAUCUGCUGCUGAAGUACCGGCAGGGUCGGACCAUCAUCCUGUCCACACACCACAUGGACGAGGCUGAUAUCUUGGGGGACCGGAUCGCCAUCAUCUCCCAUGGGAAGCUGUGCUGCGUGGGUUCCUCUCUGUACCUGAAGAACCAGCUGGGGACAGGUUACUACCUGACGCUGGUGAAGAAGGAACCCGAGAAGUUGCUGAGCUCCUGCAGAAACUCCUCCAGCACUGUGUCCUUCACCAAAAAGGAGGAGGAGAGUACCUCGGUCAGCAGCAGUGACGCAGGACUUGGCAGCGAACAUGAAAGUGAGGCCACUACCAUUGAAAACGGGCCCGCGGCCUCCAUUUGCACUGUCCCCUUGGUGCCCUCUGAUUCGACCCUGGUCUCGGAUCUCAUUCUGGGCCACGUCCCGGCCGCCCGGCUGGUGGAGAACCUGGGCCACGAGCUGACCUACGUCCUGCCCUACAGCGCCGCUAAGGAUGGGGCCUUUGUGGCGCUCUUCAAAGACCUGGACCUCAAGCUGCUCAACCUCGGCAUCUCCAGCUACGGAGUGUCAGACACCACACUGGAGGAGAUUUUCCUGAAAGUGGCUGAAGAUAACGGAGUCGACAUUGAAGUGCCUUCAGAUGGUACUUUCCCUGUACGGAGGCGGAGGAGGACUCAUGCCUUUGGUGGAGGAGACCAUCAGAGCUGCCUGAGACCUUUGACCGAGGAUGACAACAACUGCAACGAGUCAGACGGGGAUCCAGAGUGCAGGGAGACGGACUGGUUAAACUGCACCGAUGGUAAAGGCUCGUAUCAGGUGACCGGCUGGAGUCUGAAGAAGCAGCAGUUUGUUGCUCUGAUGUGGAAACGAUUUCUGUAUGCUCGGCGCUCCAGGAAGGGCUUCUUCGCUCAGAUUGUCCUCCCUGCUGUGUUUGUUUGCAUCGCUCUCGUCUUCAGUCUCAUCGUUCCACCGUUUGGGAAAUACCCAAGUCUGGAGCUGCAGCCCUGGAUGUAUGAGGACCAGGUGACCUUCAUCAGUGAUGAUGCUCCUGGAGACCCUACCAUGCAGAGGUUAUUGAACUCUCUCCUGGACUCUCCGGGCCUUGGGACUCGCUGCAUGGACGGACAUCCGAUCCCAGAAGCUCCCUGUACGAUGGGGGAUGAGGAUUGGAAUGUUCCUGAAGUCCCUGAAAGCCUCCAGCAGCUCUUCAGCUCCUCUAACUGGACCAUGGAGAAUCCGUCCCCGGCCUGCUUCUGCAGCUGUGACGACAAGAAGAAGAUGCUGCCGCACUGCCCCGCUGGAGCCGGAGGACUGCCCCCCCCCGAGAUGAAGCUGAGCGCCAACGAUACUCUACAGAACCUGACUGGAAGAAACAUCUCAGACUACCUGGUGAAAACAUACGCUCAGAUCAUCGGCAAGAGUCUGAAGAACAAAGUUUGGGUGAAUGAGUUCAGGUACGGAGGAUUUUCAUUGGGUGCCAGGAGCACUCAGGUCCUCCCACCGGCCAAUGAGAUCGACGAUGCCAUUGAACGAGUCCGAAAGAUCUUUGAGCUGCAGAAGGGAGCAGCAGCAGAUCGAUUCCUCGACAGUCUCUCAGGUUUUAUCAACGGAUUGGACACAAAGAACAAUGUAAAGAUCUGGUUCAACAACAAAGGCUGGCACAGCAUCGGAGCUUUCAUCAACGUGAUGAACAACGGCAUCCUGAGAGCAAACCUACCUGAAGGGAAGGACCCAAACCUGUACGGCAUCAGGGCCUUCAACCAUCCUCUGAACCUCACCAAGGAGCAGCUGUCACAGGUGGCUCUGGUAACAACCUCUGUGGACGUGCUGGUGUCCAUCUGUGUGAUCUUCGCCAUGUCCUUCGUCCCAGCCAGCUUUGUGGUUUUCCUCAUCCAGGAGCGAGUCAGUAAAGCCAAACACAUGCAUUUCAUCAGCGGAGUGCAGCCGCUGCUCUACUGGGUGGCCAACUUCACCUGGGACAUGUGUAAUUACGUUGUCCCGGCAACGCUGGUUGUUGUCAUCUUCAUCUGUUUCCAACAACAAGCCUACGUUUCAUCCACUAACCUGCCGGUGCUCGCUCUGCUGCUGCUACUCUAUGGCUGGUCCAUCACUCCUCUGAUGUACCCGGCCUCCUUCUUCUUCCAGAUCCCCAGCACAGCCUACGUGGUCCUCACCAGCGUCAACAUCCUCAUCGGCAUCAACGGCAGCAUCUCCACCUUCGUCAUGGAGCUGUUUGGAAACAAUGAGAUUGGAGGAAUCAACGACAUCUUGAAGAACGUUCUCCUCAUCUUCCCUCACUUCUGUCUCGGUCGAGGACUCAUCGACAUGGUGAAGAACCAGGCGAUGGCCGAUGCUCUGGAGAGAUUUGGUGAGAACCGGUUACGCUCUCCUCUCGAGUGGGACAUGGUGGGAAAGAACCUAUUUGCGAUGGCGGUGGAGGGAGUCGUCUUCUUCAUCAUCACUCUCCUCAUUCAGUACAGGUUCUUCAUCAAACCCAGGUCAGUGAGUACACUCACUAAACUGGGACCACUGGGCGACGAGGACGAGGACGUAGCCCGAGAGAGGCAGAGGAUCGUCCAGGGUCUGGGACGUGGGGACAUCCUAGAGCUCCGUCAGCUCACCAAGGUGUUUGAACGGAAACAGAAGCCGGCAGUGGAUCGACUUUGUGUCGGGAUUCCUCCUGGAGAGUGUUUUGGGCUUCUCGGGGUUAAUGGUGCUGGGAAGACGACCACCUUUAAGAUGCUGACUGGAGACACACUGGUGACCAGUGGAGAGGCUUUCUUGGCUGGGAAGAGCAUCCUGAGGGAGAUCGACUCCGUCCACCAGCACAUGGGGUACUGUCCUCAGUUUGACUCUAUCAACGAGCUGCUGACAGGAAGAGAGCACCUGGAGCUCUACGCCGUCCUCAGGGGGGUCCCUGAGGAACAAGUCUGUGAUGUGGCAGAGUGGGGCAUCAGGAAGUUGGGCCUGAUGAAGUACGCUGAGAAAGCAGCAGGAAGCUACAGCGGAGGAAACAUGAGGAAGCUGUCCACGGCCAUGUCUCUGAUCGGAGCGCCACCCGUCGUCUUCCUGGACGAGCCCACAACUGGCAUGGAUCCCAAAGCCCGCCGGGCCCUGUGGAACUGCAUCCACAGCAUCAUCAAGGAGGGGCGCUCCGUGGUCCUCACCUCCCACAGCAUGGAGGAGUGUGAGGCUCUGUGUACCAGGAUGGCCAUCAUGGUGAACGGGAGGUUCAGAUGUCUCGGAAGCGUACAGCACCUGAAGAACAGGUUUGGUGACGGGUACACCAUCAUCCUGCGGGUGGGGGGGCCAGACAGCGACCUUCAACCCGUCAUGAAGUUCAUCGAGAGCGAGCUGAGCGGCAGCACGCUGAAGGAGAAGCACAGGAACAUGCUGCAAUACCAACUUCCAUCUUCUCUCACCUCCCUCACCCACAUCUUCUCCAUCCUCGCCAAGAACAAAGAGCUGCUGAGGAUUGAGGACUACUCCGUCACCCAGACCACCCUGGACCAGGUGUUUGUGAACUUCGCCAAGGACCAGAGUGACGACUACCACUCCAAAGACUCCGUGCGGCGCCGAGACGUCUCCAUCGAGGUCCCCACGGGAGCUUCUGGCGGGGGGGUCACGCUAAAGGAGAGCGUCAUGUGAUCGUAUCAUAGACCAUGCCCCCUCAUCUGUCGGGAUGUCACACCUGUGGGCGGAGUCACCCACCACCUCGUGCCAGUCAAUGCAAAUGAUUCCCUGCGGAGCCGCCGCCCACCAAACCGCCUGUGAUUUCUUCUCCUGCUGCGAUGAGCUCUGUAGCUACUUUGUUUCUCCAAUCAUAGUGUUGCACAAAGAAGACUGAGGCCCAAUCCGCCCCCCCCCCUCCUUCCGUGAGGGUUCGGUGCCCCCCGUCACAACGCUGAGGGUUUCAUUCUGUCAUUAAGGAAGUUGACGAAUAGUAAAACCAUUUUAAAUGACCUCAUGUUAUGACGGAAACAAGUAUUAAAUCAAUCCCCUCCGAUGUAAAUCAUAUGACGUGUGAUGUUGUCAUGGUGACGGCGGCAGCUAUUUACGCCUUUUAAAGCCCUCAGACUUUCACACUCAACCUCUGACCAGGCGGGUCCCUGAGGGGUCAGAGGCCAGGGGGCACUGGAUUUGGGCCAAAGCCUGGAUUGACUUUCUAGUUUUUCGAGGAAGGACGCAAAGCAGUGAAAUACCUCAGAGUAUUGAAUAGUGGAACAGCUGAUCAAUCCGACUGACGGAGCUCCGCCUCCUCGGCACUUUACCUGUUCACACUGAUCGCCAUGUUUAUUUAAUGUUACCGACCCAAACACCUCAAUAAAAGAAAUAAAUCCAG